AUGUUUUUCAAUGAACGCAACCAGAUCCUUGAAAACAGCUCUAUGUUCAGAUGCUUCCAGUAUGUCAUGUGCAACAGUCCUCCAUCGCUCUCUCAGCUUAAAUGGCAGCUUAGACAUGACAGCUCUCAUGUGCUGUGUGUCGUCUCGUCACACGUUCAGCAUCAGUACCACUUUGUUUAUGAGGUGAAGAACAUGACUGAAGCGCAGAGUUACUGCAGAGACAAAUACACAGACCUGGCCACGAUAGACGACAUGGAGGAUGUGAAGACCCUGACAGACAUGAUGGAUUUAAACAAAAUGGUCCUCGAUGAAGACGGCCAGGCGACGGCCUGGAUAGGACUGUACCAUGACGUGAACAGCUGGAGGUGGUCAGACAGAGAUGCAGAGGUUGAGUUCACAAAUUGGGCCGAAGGUGAACCAAGCUCUGGGAGUGUUGAAUACUGCACAGAGAUGUAUGAUCCUGGAGUAUGGAACGAUCUUCGUUGUGACCGAACCCGUCAGGCAGUCUGCUCUUCUGUGAGAGGGUCAGAUGUGAAAUUUAUCCUCAUCAAUACUACCAUGAAUUGGACUGAGGCCCAGAGCUACUGCAGAACAUACUACACAGACCUGGCCACUGUGAGAAAUGAAGCAGAGAACCAGGAGGUGAAGAAUCUAACUGAUGGACAAUCUGUCUGGAUCGGCCUCUUCAGAGACUGGAAGUGGUCUGAUGGAAGUAACUCCUCCUUUAGGUACUGGGCCUCAGGAGAACCUAACAACAACGCUGAGAAGAAGGAGGCUUGUGUGGUAAUGAAAUUCGACCGUUCUGGACGUUGGGGGGACUGGACCUGUGACCGGAACAGACCAUUUAUUUGUUACAAAGAUCCAACCACUGAAGAACCAAACUGGACUCUCCGACCUUUUCCAACAUCAGUCCCAUCAGCCUCCACACCAGCAACAACACAGAGUUUAAUCUCCAGUUCAGGAAGCUUCACACCUUCAUCAUCUUUCCCUGAAACCACAGAGAAGUUUGCAGAAGCACCGUUGGGGGUAAAAACUCAUUUCAUCCCUGCAGGAACUGAGGGAGGAAGUGUCACUCGUGUAUGCAAUGCUGCUGUCUAUGGAAGCAGGAAGUUCUUCUGUAAGGAUGAAUGUAAAAAAGAAGAAGACAUCCUGGUUGAAACAGCAGAGAACAGAGCUCAGAGAGGCAGAUACAUUAUUGAAUAUAGAGAAGGAUCUACAUCUGGACUGUAUGUGACCAUCACACAGCUGGAGAAGUCGGACACAGGACGGUACAAGUGUGGUUACGGCAGAGCUUUGUCUCCAGAUUCAUUCGACUGGUUCCCGAUCAUUGUUGUAGAUGCCGUCUCCGGUGUCUCUCUUCCAGGUUACUUCUGGCCUCUGGUUGCAUCUAUGUCUCUGAUUAUUGUGAUGGUUGCUGUUGUUCUGCUGUUCGUCUACAAACUGAUGAUGAGGAGGAACUCUGGUUUGAACACCAGAGAAACUUCAGACAGCAGAAACAUGGAGUUAUCUGUCGUCUAUGAGAACCCUCCUCCUGUCUACUAUGAGAACCGUCCUCCUGUCUACUAUGAGAACCGUCCUCCUGUCUACUAUGACAACCGUCCUCCUGUCUACUAUGACAACCGUCCUCCUGUCUCCAUGAGUGAAGAUCACGUCUACCAGAGUCUGGAUGCAUUCGACAUGGAUCCAGACCAAACCUACUCUCCAGUCAGAGAGACAACAAACAAACAAUGAUGUUUGGAUUUGGAUCUGGAUUCUGUACUGAGCAGGUUAACAUGUGCUGCAAGGUUCCAGUUUGUUGUACUUUUUUUAUUUUUUCUUUGCUUAAUCAGCAGAUAUUAACUAUAAACUUGCUAUUCUUCACUUCUAUGCUGAUGAUACACAUCUAUUAAUGUUUCUGAGAAUGUUCAACAACUUAUUUCUUUUUGAAAUGUUCAUUCUGUCUUUAAACUGUAGAUGUUGUUUGAUAUUGUUCUUCUACACUUUGA